AUGGACGUCAAGUAUCUCUCCGGGACCGCUGGCGCGAUGCUCGUAGACCAAACCACGGACAACAUCGUCAGCUGUUUUCAGAAGGUCAGCGUAAUCAACAAACGACUCCACGGCUCACGAGGUGUUAGGACGCGAUCUACGGAUUUUUGGGCCGGGGUGCUGGUCCGCGCUCCGCCCAACAUGGACGAGAUCUCCUUCGUCCUUACGGAAGACUUUCACGCCAUGGGUGGACUCUACCGCAGCAAUAUGACGCCCCAACAACGCCGUAGGUUGCUUCUAGCGUUGACUGCCCUGCUGGCGCACUAUGAGGCGAGCCCGGACUCGGAUGCGUGCCAGCGCACUCUCUUGAUCCUUCAAAAGAUAUUUUCGUUCAAUGCAGCAGUCCUCGAGCAAGUGCCCUGGGAGGUGGUGCAGUAUGUCGCUGUUGCAGUGGAGACGUGGCUGCGGAAGCGCCUGCUGGUGGGCGGGUCGGAUGGCCGGCCAUCGCAGUGGGACUUCGGAGUGGCGGCAGCCAUCGGGGUGUUGGCGCGGUGUCUGUUCGCUCCUGUGUCGUCGUGGGCGCGAACGGACGAGCAGAGAGACGCGUCGAUAGUCCGCGUGCGACAAAUCAUCGCCGACUUGGAGGUGUCGUUGCGCCGCGCGGUCGUCAACAUCGAGGGCCGUCGCUACGUCGCUGUACGGUUGAUACAUUCGGCCGGUCUGGUGCUGGAAACGCUCUGCCAGUCUGAACCCGCCCUUACUGCCGUUGCUGGCAACUUCGCUGCGGUCGUAGAGGAGACGUUCGCGAUUGGAAACCUUCAGACCUCAGACAACCCGGUGUGGAUGGACCGUAUCGUGACCGUUCAUCUGCGGCGACUUAUGACAAGGCUGGAAACAUGUAGAGCUGCUGGAACUGGGUCGGGGAAUGGGGAGUAA